AUGGCCCAAGCCAAGGCCACACUCCCAUGGUCACAUGCCUGUUGGCAUCUCCUCCGCAUAGCUCUCUCAUUCUCACUCAUCUUUUUGGACAAUACGAUUCUCAUCCUCGCUGCAUCGCUCGCUUAUCUUCGACUCAAUCCCCGCAGACCAAAGCGCAAUGUGCGCUUCUACCCCAAAACCAUCCUCAUCACGGGCAUCGGCACCACUCAUGGCCUAAAGCUCGCGAGAGCGUGGGCGGCGGAAGGCCACUGCGUGAUCGGGGCAGAUGUUACAGAUCUCGACUUACCCAUUCGGUCGGGGGGAAGCAUGUCGAAAACGCUGGUGGCAUUCUACCGCAUCCCGAAGGAUCACUACAUCUCGCGCUUACUGGAUGUUAUCCACCGCGAGAAAGUCGAUAUGUGGAUCCCUUGCUCACCCAAGGUGACCUCGAUUGAAGAUGCCACAGCCCGACAGAUGGUGGAAAGCCGCACGAGUUGUAAAUGCAUCACCUUCGACGAAAACCUGGCCAUUUGCUUUGCGAGCUCGGAGUCUUUCAUGAAGUUCGUGACGGACAGAGGCCUUCCCGUGCUGGAAUAUCACAGGGUCAACUCCCGCGACUCGGUGCAUAAGAUCUUGCAUCGCUCACCCUCCAAGUCGUAUCGGAUCUCGCGCGCGACCCCUACUGCGAAUGAUCGCGCCUUGCUCUUGCCGCGACGAACACUCAGCAAAACUUACACCUGCAUCAGUGAGAUCCAAAUCACACAAGAGAGACCAUGGAUCCUACAGCAGCAGUCCAGGCUUGGCGAGUUGUUCGCUGAUCUCUUGAUUGUUCGUGGGCAGAUCCAGGCCAUCAAAGUCCGUUUGUCGGAUGCCGAUCCCUCGUGGGGAUCUUCCCGCUUGGACCAGGCUCUAAGUGCUGCUGUUCAGACGCUGAUGCAGAGUUUGGCGACGAAAUGUGGUGUGCGUUCGACUGGUCAUUUGACCGUUAGGCUACUGAUCGACGAGGAGUUCGAUGCGCAUUCGGUCCGACACUCCAUCUACAUCGCUGGAUGUUCAUCUGGCGCGAAAGUGAUGGAGAACCUGUUAAGCGACGUCCCAUGCCCUGUCGCGGGCUAUCUCUCUGUGUUCCCCUCUAAUCCUGUCGAUACCGGUGCCAUCACCGCCACAUUGACCUCGACACCUCCCAAAACAUUCGCGGGAGCUGCCAUUCUCCCCGCUGCAUUCCUGCAGUUUUCCUUCCUGCACUUUGUGCUCACCCUUGUAGAAGUGGCAGGAUCCGAGCUGGUCCGCUUGUUGUUCUGGAAAGAUCCACAGUUCGCGCUUCUCGAUCCUCUUCCAUGGUGGUGGGAGGUGCAUGUUUAUCGACCUUUGCGAGAGGUCUGGAUGAUGGUGAAACAGACCCGGGAGGCCGGUCUGAAAGGAUACUGA